AUGGAUAUUGAACGCAUCUCAUCCCUCCCAACAUUCCACCCUUACUCCGACUUAGAGUACCAGAAACUUAUCGAAUUUCGCGCAAAGGUCCAAAACCUUUUGCAAACGGAAUACCAGAAGGACGAUUCCUUCCUGAUAAGAUGGCUUAGAGCUCGAGAUCUCAAUCUAAUUAGGGCUGAAGAGAUGUUGAGGGCGUCCCUGAAAUGGAGACAGGAUAACGAUGUCGACAACAUUCUGAAAUGUGACGACAUUCCGGAAGAGGUCAAGAAAAUGUCGCCGGUAGCUUAUAGCGGUAUCUCAACGGAAGGUUACGCCACAUUUGUCGUUCCCUUUGGAAGAAAUACAAGACCCACACGCGAUAUGGAUAUUGAACGCAUCUCAUCCCUCCCAACAUUCCACCCUUACUCCGACUUAGAGUACCAGAAACUUAUCGAAUUUCGCGCAAAGGUCCAAAACCUUUUGCAAACGGAAUACCAGAAGGACGAUUCCUUCCUGAUAAGAUGGCUUAGAGCUCGAGAUCUCAAUCUAAUUAGGGCUGAAGAGAUGUUGAGGGCGUCCCUGAAAUGGAGACAGGAUAACGAUGUCGACAACAUUCUGAAAUGUGACGACAUUCCGGAAGAGGUCAAGAAAAUGUCGCCGGUAGCUUAUAGCGGUAUCUCAACGGAAGGUUACGCCACAUUUGUCGUUCCCUUUGGAAGGUUCUCAUACCGACAAAUGUCAUCCAAACCCUGCCGUGAGUUAAUGGCGAAAGUGCAGCAGCAAACAGAUUCAAAUUACCCGGAAUUGCUUCGAUACGCUAUGGUGGUAAACGCCCCUAAAAUAUUUGCCACCCUGUUGGCCAUGUUCAAACCAUUCAUUGCAAAAUCAACUCUAGACAAGAUAGAUAUUUAUGGACCUGAUCCAGAAAUAUGGAAGGCUGUCGUCAAGCAAAAGUUUACAGUCGAAAAUAUUCCUCCACAUUGGGGCGGAUCUUUACAGGGAGUGGAUGAAUUCUGUUCCGGUGGUGAAAUUUGGAUCCAUGGACCUAAAGAUAUGCGAUCUGUCAUGCACGCCAUUGCCAAAUUUCUCGUCGCGCUUAGUAAGUCCGCAACCGCGCAAACUUACGAACUUACUCUCCAAGGUCUCACCGAAGCGGAUGCCGAUUUUCACAAAAUCAUUGUCAACGCAAGGGAAAAGUUUGUUAAAACGGUGCAACUUUCUGAGAAAAAUACAAUUCCAGAAUGGAAAUUUAAAAAGGAAAAGCACGAUAUUGCAUUCCAACUUACCGUCGUACCUGAUAGUAACAUUGCUUUUACGUGUCUAAAAUAA